GGCGGGCAGCCGGAGCGAGGAGGAGCAGCAGCCGCUGCCGCCACCGCCGCCGCCAUAGAGACUGUAGCCGUGGAGACUGUUACUUACCAACGGGGACCAACACGCAGCAGCCGCUGCAGCCGCCGCCGCAGCCGCCGCCGGGGGAGCCGCUGCCUGAACUCCCGGCCAGAACUCCAGAACUGAGCAUGCAGAGUUCAGAGGGAGCAGCGGACUCGCCAGCUUCUGUGGCUCUGUGUUCCUCAUCGGCCGCCCAGACACCUGUGGCCCAGCCCGUGCCAGCCUCCCCGCAGAGGGUGCUGGUCCAGGCAGCAGGCUCGGCUUCCAAAGGGUCCCAGAUGCAGCCAAUCUCCCUCCCCAGAGUCCAGCAGGUGCCACAGCAGGUCCAGCCCGUGCAGCACGUGUACCCACCCCAAGUGCAAUAUGUGGAUGGCGCGGACACUGUCUACACGAACGGAGCCCUGCGGACGGCCUAUGCCUACAACCCGGAGCCUUCGAUGUACGUCUCGAGCAGCGCGGCAUCUUACUUCGAGGCCCCGGGCGACGCCCAGGUGACCGUGGCAGGCUCCUCCCCGCCGACAGUCCCCUCCCACAGCAUGGUGGGCAUCGCCAUGGAUGUUGGCGGAAGCCCCAUCGUCUCCAGCGCGGGAGCCUAUCUCAUCCAUGGGGGGAUGGACAGCACCAGACACGCCCUGGCCCACACUUCGCGGUCGUCACCAGCGACGCUUGAAAUGGCGAUUGAAAACCUCCAAAAAAGCGAAGGGAUCACAUCACACAAAAGCGGUUUACUCAACAGCCAUCUCCAGUGGCUGUUGGAUAAUUACGAAACCGCCGAAGGCGUCAGCCUGCCCCGAAGCUCCCUGUACAACCAUUACCUCCGGCACUGCCAGGAGCACAAGCUGGACCCUGUGAACGCCGCCUCCUUCGGGAAACUGAUUCGCUCUGUGUUUAUGGGCCUGCGGACGCGGCGGCUGGGCACCAGGGGCAACUCCAAGUACCAUUACUAUGGGAUCCGUCUGAAGCCAGACUCACCCCUGAACCGGCUGCAGGAGGAUACCCAAUACAUGGCCAUGCGGCAGCAGCCCGUGCAUCAGAAACCGAGGUACCGGCCAGCCCAGAAGUCAGACAGCCUUGGGGACAGUGGCUCGCACAACAGCCUGCACAGCACGCCGGAGCAGGCCGCGGCCGCGCAGAGCCAGCACCACCAGCAGUACAUCGAUGUCUCCCAUGUCUUCCCAGAGUUCCCAGCACCUGACCUGGGCGGCCUCUUGCUUCAGGACAGCAUCACACUGCAGGACGUCAAGGCCCUACAGCUGGCCUACCGGCAGCACUGCGAGGCAACUUUGGAUGUCGUGAUGAACCUCCAGUUCCACUACAUCGAGAAGCUGUGGCUUUCCUUCUGGAAUUCUAAAGCCUCCUCCAGCGACAGCCCUGCCUCUCUACCAGCCAGUGACGAGGACCCCAAAGCCGUCAUCCUCCCGAAGGACAAGCUGGUGUCUCUGUGUAAAUGUGACCCCAUCCUUAAGUGGAUGAGGAGCUGUGACCACAUCCUCUACCAGGCCCUGGUGGAGGUCCUCAUCCCCGACGUGCUGCGGCCGGUGCCCAGCACCUUGACACAGGCCAUUCGCAACUUCGCCAAGAGCCUGGAAGGCUGGCUGACGAACGCCAUGCGAGACUUCCCACAGCAGGUCGUCCAGACCAAGGUUGGGGUGGUCAGCGCCUUCGCCCAGACCCUGCGGAGAUACACGUCCCUCAAUCACCUGGCUCAGGCAGCCCGGGCCGUGCUUCAGAACACUUCCCAGAUCAACCAGAUGCUCAGCGACCUCAACCGCGUGGACUUCGCCAAUGUGCAGGAGCAGGCCUCGUGGGUGUGCCAGUGCAAGGAGAGCGUGGUGCAGCAGCUGGAGCAGGACUUCAAGCUGACCCUGCAGCAGCAGAGCUCCCUGGACCAAUGGGCCAGCUGGCUCGACAAUGUGGUCACCCAGGUCCUGAAGCAGCACGCAGGCAGCCCCAGCUUUCCCAAGGCUGCCCGGCAGUUCCUGCUGAAAUGGUCCUUUUAUAGCUCCAUGGUGAUCAGAGACCUCACCCUGCGCAGCGCGGCCAGCUUCGGCUCCUUCCACCUGAUUCGCCUGCUGUAUGAUGAGUACAUGUUCUACCUGGUGGAGCACCGUGUCGCCAAGGCAACCGGGGAGACACCCAUUGCAGUGAUGGGAGAGUUCAGCGACCUCGCCUCCCUGUCGCUGACACUGCUGGACAAAGAUGACGUCAGUGAGGACCGGAGCAGCGAGGCCGACGCAGACGCCCGCAGCCUGGGUGGGCCCCUGGUGAAGCGGGAGCGCAGCGACCCGAACCACUCCCUGUAGGGCCCAGCACUGAGGCCCUUCCUCAGCUCCGCCCGGCCUCCUUGCACCCUACCGCAGUUGUGCCUCCUACACGAAGUGACCUUGACUCUGACUCACGGGGCCCCAGGGCAUGGGCACCCUGGAAGGACACGCUCUUCCUCCCGAAGAAAAACCGCUGUUCACCACAGCCAAAGGCCACACCCAGUUCUGAGAACCUAAAUGGCUCCCCUGGGCACUGCCCAGAUCUCCUUUUGCUCCAGACCGUCUUAGUCCUCCUGUCUGCUGGCCUGGGGCCUUUGGGCCGCUUCCACACACCCUGUCGACGGCUGGGAGGCCGUGCUGGGCAGGUCGGCACCUCCACAUUGGGCUUCUCCUCCAUUCAGCCUGGUCCAGUUUUCACCAUGAUUUUUAAAACUCAGGCAGAUCCCUGAAAGGAAGGGUGUCUCACAGCUGUUGGGCAGCCCCAAGCUGUCCUCUUCCACAGGGACCCUGCCCUGUGCUGGGAAGGAACCAUCUUCGCACCACACCCCAUUGUCUCUCGUGGACAGGCUGUCCUCAGCCUCCUGUCCUGUGCUGACACAGGGAGGCCACCCUGAGGGGUCCCCAGCUCUAGAUGUCAAAGGACCCCACAGCGUGUCCCUGGAUGGCGGGCAGCCCACUGCCCCACAUGGCUCACAGAACAAGUCCCAGAAAUAGGCCUGCUGUGUCUGUAAGAGGUAGCCCCAGAAGUGACCAGCAACAGGGAGGACUGUGGUUCUGUCCAAGGUCACAGCCAACAGGGAGCCAAACCACUGAGUCUGGAAUUCAUCUGUUCUGAGGGGGCCAGGGCGGUCAGUGUUUCAGCGGUGCCCUCAGAGGGCCACCAUCCCGCCAAGUCUAUGCAAAUAGCCAUGCCUGCAGCCUGCUCCACAGGCUCUUCUAGAAGGCCUGCCCUGGAAUUGGCAACAUUGGAGCACCAUGACCCCAGUCAGGUCCUGUCGAACUGUUGAAGCUGAGAUCUUCUCUGGGGACAAACAGACCCAAGGACUUGCACAGCCCUGAACUUUAAACUCCCGGUCUGUGUCCACUGCGACACAUUGCACUUGGUCAGCUCCGUGCGAGAGUUCUGUCCCAAAAGGAACUGCAAAGAAGAAAGAUAAACCUCUAGUCUAGGAUGCGCCAUCAAAUGCAAUGCAAUAGUUUCUCUUUUUGGAAAUAUGUUUAUACCAAUA